AUGGCAAAGAAUCCUCCAGAGAACUGUGAGGACUGUCACAUUCUAAAUGCAGAAGCUUUUAAAUCCAAGAAGAUAUGUAAAUUACUUAAGAUUUGUGGAUUGGUAUUCGGUAUCCUCGCCUUAACUCUAAUUGUCCUGUUUUGGGGGAGUAAGCACUUCUGGCCUGAGACACCCAAAAAAACAUAUGACAUGGAGCACACUUUCUACAGCAAUGGAGAGAAGAAGAAGAUUUACAUGGAAAUUGAUCCCAUUACCAGAACAGAAAUAUUCAGAAGUGGAAAUGGCACUGAUGAAACAUUGGAAGUACAUGACUUUAAAAAUGGAUACACUGGCAUUUACUUUGUAGGUCUUCAAAAAUGCUUCAUCAAGUCUCAGAUUAAAGUGAUUCCUGAAUUUUCUGAACCAGAGGAAGAAAUAGAUGAGAAUGAAGAAAUUACCACAACUUUCUUUGAACAGUCAGUGAUUUGGGUCCCAGCAGAAAAACCUAUUGAAAACCGAGACUUUCUUAAAAAUUCCAAAAUUCUGGAGAUUUGUGAUAAUGUGACCAUGUAUUGGAUCAAUCCCACUCUAAUAGCAGUUUCAGAGUUACAAGACUUUGAGGAGGAUGGUGAAGACCUUCACUUUCCUACCAGUGAAAAAAAAGGCAUUGAACAAAAUGAGCAGUGGGUGGUCCCUCAAGUGAAGGUGGAGAAGACCCGUCACACCAGACAAGCAGCAAGUGAGGAAGAACUCCCAAUCAAUGACUAUACUGAAAAUGGAAUAGAAUUCGACUCCAUGUUGGACGAGAGAGGUUACUGUUGUAUUUACUGCCGUCGAGGCAACCGCUACUGUCGCCGCGUCUGUGAACCUUUACUAGGUUACUACCCGUAUCCAUAUUGCUACCAAGGAGGGCGGGUUAUCUGUCGUGUCAUCAUGCCUUGCAACUGGUGGGUGGCCCGCAUGCUAGGGAGGGUUUAA